AUGGCCAAACUCGUGACACCGAUAGCACUGGAGGGGACGACGAGCCAGAUGACUAACAUAGCGUCGUCCACCCCCCUCCAAAGUCGACCUUCGCUUUGGCCUCCGAAAGGACCGAGGCAUAAGACUUACCCUGACCCCCCUCCCGAUCGUCAGCGAAAUUACCGACGCAGAGGAAGGGGGAGGAAUUCGGCUCUUCCUCUUUGGGGCGGGAGCACCCGAAGAAGGGAACCUCUUAGCAGAGGGCCCCCCACCACGACGACGACGUCUACCUCUUGUACUAGCCCCGGGGCAGAGGCAUCCACCGAAGCCUCUGCAAGAGCAGAGGCGGCAGAGCCCCCGGCCACGGGACCAGCCGAUGGCCCACUGACACCGACAACACUCGCCCUGGGCGCACGCCUGGGAUCACUUCCGGAGAAGAGUCCCCAGCCCGCCCAUGACGGGGUGACUCCCGCCAAAUCCGUCUCCGUCACCACCUGUCCCGACGGCGAUCCCGGCGAUGAUGCCGGACAAGGCCGCUUCCUCGCUCCCUUAUCGCCAAAGAAGUAUUCGGCCUCCAGCUGCGGAAUGGCCGCCCGAAGCUCGCCAUCUCCGCUCGACUCUGUCUCGAUCGCGCUCCAGAGCCGCAAUACGCUCACGCAGUCCCCGGUUCUCGCUUCUCAAGGCCUCGGUCUGCGGAUCCGUCCCAACAGUGGCCCGCCUGGCCAUCUCGUCAAAGAUGCCCACAAACAACCCGGCCAACCUUCGGAGCUCCAAGUUGGUGACUUUCCCAAGGCCGGAUCUAAAAACUUCGUCCGAGGGAAUAUUCUCCCUUCCUACAGCAGCGAGGUCUGGUCCCAACUAGGAUCCAAUAAUCUAUUCAGAUCCUUCAAAAGGACCUCCUGCCUUUCAGCGCGUAAGACCGCUCCUGGCCUCCGCGAUAUUAACAUAGUCCCCAGUUGUUUUGGGGCGACCACGCUUAGUAGUGCGACCGGCACACUUACCUUCGAUUUUUUUGCGGGGGUACUGCUUCCUCCCAUCACUGACUCUGCGGUGCUAACCGCAAUAACUGGUUCGAAGAACUGUACGCAAACGUGUUUGGCACAGAACUUCGUUUCACGUCGCGAACACUCCGAAAAAAGACGUCCAUGUAUUUCGCGAGGUCCUUAUACACAUGAUGGGCCUGAUAGCACCGAACCACUUUAUCCAGAAGGACUCGGCGAAUACGCGCAGCAAGUUCCUUCGGAUCAACACUACGAUCACGAGUAUCCCAGCUAUGAGCUAGGUCGCAACUGCAGCCCGGCACGGGGGAGCCGCCUCUCCGCGACUUCCCCCGCCCCCGGCCGCAGUCCACCCUCGUCCUCCGGGCUCACAGCCCCCCAUCGGGGCGCCCCGGAGCCUGCGCGCGUUCAGAUGAAGGCGUACCCUCCCGACGCCUCUUGGGAGGGACGCGCACGCGAGCGCAUGCAGCCGACCCGCAGCGGUGUCCCGCUGGUUUUCCCCUCGAACCACACGAGAAACAUCGGGGCGGCGCCACACAGUCAGCCGCCCUAUGACCCGAGCAACCACACCGAUAACAUAGGCCACUCCGAUCCACAUCAGCGCCACAAGAAUUGGCCGAAUGGCCAAACUCGUGGCACCGAUAACACUGCAGGGGGCGACGAGCCAGAUGAAUCACAUCCAGCGUCGCCCAUCCCCCCGCCAAUGCCAGCUUCUUCCCGGCCACAAGCCUCCGCGCAACUCCAGCCGGACAACGAAUCCAGAUCGUCCCGACAUCCGACUUAG